CUCAAUUCUUCACGCGUCUCUUAGAUGGCAACCUCCCGGCUCCAGUCGCUCAUACUCAACGCCGCUCGUCCCGACGUUGGGACGAAAAAGAGGCCUAUCCUCCUCUCUCGAGCAUAUUCGAAUAUAAGAUUGCUAUGCCGGCCCAGUCUUGCCCAGUGGCCAACGCUAAGCGCAUGGCAACGUCCUUACUUUUUUCCCAGGGCCAUCCGUCUCUCGCGUUUCAGCACGUCCGUGCGCUGCCUAAGACACCCUCUAGGAGUCUUACCUUCACCUUCUGAAGCUCACGCCCAGCCCGGGGAGUCUCGUCUGUCAUUGACCUUCACCUGCACCGCCCCUCUAUCGGUGCCCUCCCCAGGUGUGGAAAGUGGCAUUCCGAGCACACCUCUGUGUAAUCAUCGAAGUACCCAUACAUUCACGAAAAAUGCGUACCAGAAAGGCGUAGUCAUCAUUGAAUGUCCAUCAUGUAAAAACAAGUCCGUUUCAAAAAGAUUAUCUCGUGUUCGGAAUGAUUAACAACUAUGCAGACAUUUGAUUGCGGACAACUUAGGAUGGUUUAAAAACGGGGACGGCUCGGAAGGCGGACGAAAUGUGGAGGAUUUCGUCAAACUGAAGGGUCAGACAGUGAGGAGAGGUACUUUGUUUCAGGGGAUGAAGGGCGACUUUGAAUACGUAGAGCCUGAAUAGCCGUUUCAUUCAGAUGCCAGAUACACAUAGUUUGGCGCAUUCAACCAGCAAGGCAAAACAAGCUGAAUGUUGCCCACAGCCUCCGUCACUCCCUCGAGGCAGCCUCGAUGCCCAACGUUUCCACAAAAACUCCCAGAUGCACCACUGUUUGUAUAUCCUUCUUGUGGGGAGGUAUUGCAUUCCAGGAUCAUGAUAGAUGAACAAGCGGU